UCACGCGGCCGUUGCGUCAGAACGUUUGGGCAACUGUCAGUUUCUGAGCCAAUUCGUGCAGGAAGACACUUUUCUACGCGUUUUUAAAUGUAAUUCCACACGGGACGAUUUAUAUUUAUACGUUUAAGGACACUUGUGAUAAAGAACGGACUCAGAAUGGCUCAGCGCUCGCAAAACUAUGGAUCUACGGAUCAACGGGUGGAUGUACCUGAAAUAGGAUUUAGUCCUACUGAACUUUAUAGUCUCAGCGAAAAUAUUACCACUAACAUAUAUACGAUUAACACAAGUUGGAAAACUUUGGAAAGAGCUUAUAAAAACAUUGGAACCAGUAAGGAUAAUCAAGGUUUAAGAGACAAAGUACAUGUAACACAAUUAAGUACCAAUCAGGUGGUCACACAGACAAGUAAGGACAUAGCAAGACUAACGGUAUUGAUGAGACGCGGAGAUAAACAGCAGAAAUUACAAAUUGAAAAACUCACAACAGACUUUAAAGAUGCGUUACAGAGAUAUUCUGAUAUGCAAAAGUCAAUUGCAGAAAAGAUGAAGAGACAUAUUUUAGCUAUAACUAAUCUAGAAAAUUCAAUGGAUGGGGAGGACGCUGAAGAGACACAACGGCUACUUCAAGUACAGGAACAACAACAUAGGACUACACACAGAACACUCGAGUUUCAACAAGGACUACUGUUAGAGAGAGAAGAUAGGAUUAAACGAAUUGAGGGAGAUAUUCUGGAUGUGAAUCAAAUUAUGCGCGAACUCGCAGCAUUGGUGCAUCAACAAGGUGAUACUAUUGAUACGAUCGACAACCAUAUAGAGAAUAUACACGGCAACGUGGAGUUAGGAGCGCAGGAACUUGUGAAGGGAAGUAAUUACCAAAGUAAAUUUCGUCGGAAAGUUUACAUCUUGUUGUUACUUGCGAUUAUAGUUGCCAUUGUAUUAACUGUUAUUCUAGUCAUUAAAUUAAGUUAGCGCCCCUAGCCUCUGUGCGGGUUUUACCAAUAAAUAAAAAGGGUUGUCUCAAUCUGUUCAUAAAAUUAAUUAAAGUAACUUCUUUAAAGUUCAUCUUGGUUUCUCUAUUUCUAUACAUUGGAAAUGCAAAUAUGAGGAGAGUAUAGAGACUUAUUUUAUAUCUGCUUACGAAUAUAAAUUAUCUCUUGUAUUUUUGAAGAGAUACGUUAGACAUUUUUAAAUUUUAUAAAACGAUAUUUCACGUGCAAAAAAUAAAAUGAAUUUUAGGCUUUUUUCUUAAUUCUAUUUUUACACUUCCUAUACAGGCGCGAAUUAUUGCUAUUACUGAGUAAAUUAUUGAAGCAUAUCGACAAAAGAGAUAUCAUGAUAUCUUUAUCGCAACUCGCACCUUUAUUUAUGAUAUCUCAUACAUAAAAUACUUAUGUCGAUACUUUUUAUAUUAAUAUAAAUUUAAUAUUUUAAGUUUUUUUAUGUUUAAAAUAUAAAUUAUAUAAAUAAUAUCAUAAUUCUAAAAACAUCCUAUAUGUCAUAAAUAUUGUCAAAUAUAUGUCAUAUUAUAUUGACAAAGAGAUUGUUGGGAAAACUCUUCUCAUGUUGUAUGCUUCAAUUACUUUAAAAUACGUAAUAGUGAUACAUAAAUCAAUAAUGAAAUUAACAAAAAUUUGUUAAUAUCUUUUUAUAGCUCCAAAAAUUGUAUAUUGUUGAUACUAUGUAUUAACUCGACUGAUGCGUUUCUUUAGUAAAAAAUGUAUCUAUAUUUAAAAUAUUAUGUAAAAGAAUUAAGUUCUGUAAAACUAUUUGUAAACAGAUUUAUAUAAGUAGGCAGAGGAUUCAAGUUUUUUUUGCAUAUAGACAUCAAGCUGCGCAAAUGAAA